AUGAUUCAAAUGAAGCCUGUGACUACUUUGUUAAGGUGUGCAGCACAUUCCCUUCAAUUAUGUGUUGAAGAUACUCUUAAGACUGAUGCUGUGCAUUCGAUAGUUACUAAAGCUAGAGAGGUUGUAAAGAAGCUAAGGACACCAACAGUAGCAAGAAUGGUUAAAUCCUUAGAACCAAAUUCUCUUAAAGCCAUACUUGAUGUUCCGACAAGGUGGGGAAGCACUUAUGACAUGCUUUUAAGACUCCAUAGAUUAAGAAAAGUUUGUAAUGAUUUAUCAGAAACAUACAAAGAGUUGUGUAUGAAUAAUGAUGAAUUGAAUAUGAUAGACAAUGCGAUUAAAUCAUUUGAACCAGCCAAAAUUGCUACCGUUAAAGUACAAACAGAAAAUUUGACAAUAGGAGAUUUCCACGGAAUUUGGAUAAAAUGUUAUGAAGAUACUAAAUUGGUUAAUUCAAUAAUUUCAAAUAUUUUAUGCAACUCUAUGAAUAAGAGGGAAAAAAUAUUAUUUGGAAAUAACAUUUACUCAGCAGGAGUGUUUUUAGAUCCAAGGUACCAAUGUUUGCUAGAUGAAAGCACUAAACAUCAAGCCAAAUCACAUUUGAUAGAUGUUUUUAAUUUAAUGAACGCACUUAGUUCUGAAAAUUCUGAUCAAAGUAAAACAUUUAUUUCUCAAUAUGAAGAACCAAAGACACAUGUUACACAUGUUAAUGAUACUGAUGAUAGCCUUGAAGCCUAUAUUAGAAAUAAAACUAACGUAGCUUUGGAAAAUAAUAGGGAUAUUGAAAAUUUGGAUAGCUCAAAGUCUGUACCAAUACGUUUGUUGCUUGAAAGUUAUGAUGGUACUUCAAGAUUACACAAUUCUGUUGAUGUUAGAAAUUACUGGGAAAAAGAAAAAAAUUCAAAACCAGAACUAUAUAAACUUGCACAACUUCUGCUCAAUGUUCCAGUUACUCAGGUUUGA